GCGAUAUCGUUACUUGAGUCCUCGAAGUCACUCAGCAAGAAGAGCCCUCUGCUCACCCUCAAUCCGAUGCUCGACAAUGCAGGCAUAAUGCGUGUAAAUGGACGCCUUAAAUAUGCCGCACUAAGCUACAAUGAGAGGCAUCCUAUAAUAAUACCCGAUAACUCCAUAUUUUGCUCUCUUCUCCUAGAUUUUCUUCACACAACAUUGCUUCAUGCUGAGAAACAACUCAUGAUCCGGAUGAUACAACAGGAAUACUUCAUCCCACGCCUGAAGCAGAAGGUCAAAAAGUGCAUUUUUCACUGCAAACCAUGCACGAUAUACAAACAGCGGAUGAAAUCCCAAAUAAUGGCUGCAUUACCCCCUGAAAGAACCACCUUUACUCUCCCGUUUCACACUACUGGCGUUGACUUUGCAGGCCCAUUCCUCAUCAAAACGUCACCUCUUCGAAAAGCGUCGUACACAAAGGCAUAUGUAUGCGUUUUUGUGUGUUUUUCUACCAAGGCCAUUCAUUUAGAAUUGUGUUCCGACUUGACUACGGAAGCGUUCAAAGCGGCUUUUACCCGAUUCACUGGCCGUCGUGGCCUGCCGCACAAGAUUUUAUCGGACAACGGAAAGACGUUUGUGGGAGCACAGCGAGCCCUAAAAAAGGACUUCGCUCUUUUCUUAAAGGAAGCGGCCUCUGAUAUCGCAGAAACAUAUGCGUUGCAUGGAUUCUCCUGGCACUUCAUCCCACCAUAUGCCCCUCAUAUGGGUGGCCUUUGGGAGGCGGCCGUUAAAAGUUUUAAAACGCAUUUCACCAAAGUUGCCGGAAAUCAAAAAUUCUCUUUCGAAGCGUUCGCAACCCUAUUAGUUCGAAUUGAAGCGGUUCUAAACUCCAGACCUCUCUCUCCCAUGACACAGGACCCGCAAGAUUUGUUGGCACUUACUCCCGGGCAUUUUCUACGAGGAGCUCCCAUUGUCUCACCACCGGAACCGGAUGCCAAAGAACUUUCACUCAUAAAUAAGUGGCAGAGACUCAAGGUUCUUCAUCAUCAGUUCAGCGUACGAUGGAAGAACGAGUAUCUACACGACUUACAACGGCGAUACAAGUGGAAAACUUCCCAAAAAAACGUUCAAGAAGGAGAUUUGGUUGUUGUUAAAGAUGACUGG